AUGAUUAGCCUGGAAAAAGGCAUCAAGAGAAAUCGCCCUCGUCAGGGCGAAUCACAACGUCUUCAGAUCCUUCAGUGGAAUGCUGGAGGGCUGUCACAGGACAAAAAGAUCCAAGUCCAGAAAAUCCUACAAACCUAUGAUGUAGAUAUUUUCACAAUUAUGGGAGCAAAAAUUUCGGAUGACAAACUGAAGUACUACCAAUUCCCAGGCUACACCGUCUACCUUCUACCUAAAUCCCGUCAAGUUGCAAGUGGAAUUCUAACUGGAGUAAAAGAAGGCCUCACCUCACACUACGAUCUAAUCAAGAGUAUGGGCUCGACACAAGACAUAUGUGAAAUAAUCAGAUUAAAUGUUUGGAAAUGUCAAAACCACUUCAAGAUAUAUGCAGUCUAUAAUCCACCCCAGAAUUGUCCAAACUUUGACUUUCUAAACAUCUCACACAAAACUGUAGCGUUAGGAGACUUCAACGCCCAUUCCACCAGAUGGGGCUACAAGGAUACAAACAUAGCUGGAAAGGAAAUCGUAGACAUGCUAAACACCAACCCUCUGGAACUUAUUUACAGCAAUGAGGAUCCGGCUACAUAUUUGCACUACAAUGGAACCAGAACAACUCCUGACUUACUCCUUGCUUCAAGCGACAUCAGCGAGCAUACACGCCGCAAAAUAAUUGACGAUCCUUGUUCUGGUCACAAACCAGUCAUUGCUAGUAUUACCACUGGCAGCAAAAGCUUGACAAGGAAAGUAGAACGAACUUCACACAAGUCCCCUCAACUUCAACCAACAUCCUGA